UGUCAUGGCCACAAGGCGAAGAAAGUGUGCUAAAGUUGAAGUAGUUCUGUCAGCAAAAACAUUCAAGUUUCAAAGUUCACUGCACGCAAUAAUAAAGGAGCAAUCGCUAGUGUGGCUAAAUGGCUCAUUAUUCUCGCGUUUCGGGAACUGUUGGCUUGAUUACGCUUCAAAAUCCUCCUGUAAAUGCACUAAGCGCGGCAGUACGUCAAGGGAUCGUGGACAAUGUGAAGAGAGCGCUCAGUGAUCCUGAGGUGAAAUCUGUUGUCAUAUGUGGACAGAAUGGAGUGUUUUGUGGUGGAGCAGAUAUUAAAGAAUUUGGGACUGCCAUGACUGGGCCUCCACUGGUGCCAAUGAUCCACGCCAUAGAGGCAGCGAACAAGCCAGUGGUGGCGGCCAUAGAGGGGGUCGCUCUAGGUGGAGGCCUGGAGUUGGCGCUUGGCUGUCACUAUCGAAUAGCUCAUUCCAAGGCUAAAUUGGGGCUUCCAGAGGUGACUCUUGGUCUGCUACCUGCUGCAGGUGGAACCCAACGUUUGCCGAGGCUCACUGGACUACCGGCAGCUUUGGAUCUCAUUACCACUGGUCGUCACAUCACCGCUGCUGAUGCACUGAAACUUUCAAUAGUCGAUCAACUUACUGAUCACAGCGCUGUGGAUGCAGCUGUCAAGUUUGCCAAGAGUGUUGCAGACCAGCCUCUGGACACCCGCCGUGUCAGCAAGCAGCCAUGUCUUUGCCCUCCUGACGUCGGUGCCCUCUUUGAGGCAGCGAUGCAGAAGGUCCGCCGGAGUGCCCGUGGAGCCAUAGCGCCGGUGGCUUGUGUCCAAGCGCUGCAAGCGGCCGCCACCCUGCCCUACGCCCUGGGCAUGCAGCGGGAAAAGGAGCUGAUGGCCACGCUCUUCACCUCUGGCCAGGCUCGAGCUCUGCAGUACAGUUUUUUUGCUCAGAGAGUUGUGGCCAGAUGGAGCAUGCCCAGUGGCACACGCUGGGACAGCAACAAGCCAAGAACCAUCCGGAAAACAGGGGUCAUAGGGCUUGGCACAAUGGGGAGAGGUAUAGCAGUCUCCCUUGCUCAGGCGGGGUUGUCUGUCGUUGCCGUGGAAACCCAUGAGAAGACACUGAAGGAGGCAAAGCAGGCCAUAUCAGGGAUGCUAGAGAGGGGGGCCAAAAGACGAGGGGUGGCCCCAGUACUUGACCUGAUCACCUACAGUCAAAACCUCCAGGCAGUAGCCAAUGUGGACCUGGUCAUCGAGGCUGUGUUUGAAGACGUAGCCCUGAAGGAGCAAAUCUUCCAGCAGCUGUCAUCCAUUUGUAAACCAGAAGCGUUUUUGUGCAGCAACACGUCCUCAUUGGACAUCGACCUUCUAGCCUCGCGGAGUCGCCACCCAGAGCUGGUGGUCGGGAUGCAUUUCUUUGCCCCGGCGCACGUCAUGAAGCUGCUGGAGGUGGUGUAUGGGUCACGCUCCUCUCCUGAAGCUGUGGCCACCAUUAUGAACGUGGGCAAACAAAUGGGAAAAGUGAGCGUGGCUGUCGGUAACUGUCGCGGAUUUGUGGGCAACCGCAUGUUGAAGCCCUACCUAGAACAAGGCUUGUUCUUGUUGGAAGAGGGAGCCACGCCCGAGUUGGUCGAUGGAGCCCUGGAGGAGUUUGGUUUUGCCAUGGGGCUCUUUAGAAUGUCUGACCUCUCCGGGAUUGAUGUCGGCUGGAAGGUUAGGAAGGGAGAAGGUCUGGUGCAGCCUGGCACUACAGUUCGAGUCCGACAAGGGCGUAGGUACAGCCCCCUCGCAGAUCUUCUUUAUGAGCAAGGGCGGUUUGGACAGAAAACAGGUCGCGGAUGGUACCGGUACGACAACAGUCGUGAAGCCAGGCCUGACCCGUGGCUGCACAGCUUCCUGGAAGGAUAUCGAGCCCAGAAUGGCAUGGCUGCGCGCCGCAUAGAUCCCCAGGAGGUGCUGGAACGCUGUCUGUACACCCUCAUCAACGAGGGCUUUCGCAUCCUAGAGGAAGGAAUAGCAGCCGGACCCGAAGACGUAGACGUUAUCUACGUGCUUGGCUACGGCUGGCCCAAGCACCGUGGCGGUCCCAUGUUCUACGCCAGUAUGGUGGGCCUGACCAAGGUCGUGGAGAGGCUGGAGUACUACCAGGGGGUCCACCCCGAUGUGCCUCAGCUGCAGCCCUGCAGGCUGCUCCGUCGGCUGGUGGCCGCCGGCAGCCCGCCUGUCCACAAGUGGAGAGAUGUUAUCAAGAAAACUCACAGCCAUCUUUAAAUCUGCAUAAUUUGAAUCCACCUCAAAAUGGCAUUUAUCUAAUGAUGGCUGAUUUCAUAGAUGAUAAUCACAUUCCAAAUAUGUAUCACAAAUUGAGCGCAAUUUUCCAAAGUAUUUGAGUAACCAUAUUGUAUCAUAGAACAGGAUGAUUUGCUCAAAUGCUUGAUGAAUUCUUGGUGGAUUGAUUACAAACUUUUGUAAAGUGGUCGUGAUUCAGA